AUGUCUCCAGUGCCGGUCUCGCAGAAUAUGAGCCUGUUGCGUAGCCUUUCCUUGGAGUCACUCGAGAAAAGCACCAUUAAGGAGGUCAAGGGUCUUGCGGAGAGUCUUGGAAUUCCUUUCCGCAAGAAUGCGAGGAAGGUCGACGUAGUCAACCUUAUCCUCGAGUUCAGGAACAUCAAAAUUGACGAGGUCAAACCAGCCAUUAGUUCCAGUCCGGAAAACGGACCUGCCUCCAACCCAGACACCGCAAACGAAUGGCUGGCGAGCCCGACUGCAAAGAAGCAGUGGAGCUCCGAUGACAAGGACACCAGUGGCAAGCCGCGCAAAUUCCUCAAUCGAGCGGAAGUAAACGACAUACCCCGUCGACCGCGAAUCUACGCCAAUCAGCCAGGCGGCCAUUCGCCUGGAUACACUCGCGACACCCCUUCCAGCUCGGCGACUCCCGAGCCGCCCGUUCAGCGGGAAGGGAACGCCCUCCCAGACGCGCCCGCCGUGCCUCGAGCUCUGGUCAGCUCCGGUGUUGCCACUGAGAAAACAGUUCGGGUAACUGUCGAUAUGAUGAAGAGAAUCUCCGAGGAGAACUCCCAGCUCAAAGAUCGCGUGUCCGAAACUCGCAGGCUCGUCAAGGCCAUGAGAGCAAAGGUCUCACAGCUAGAAGCCGCAGUUCAAAUGCAAACGGCGAGACGAAAGAGGAUCGAGGCUUUCGUCACAUAUUGCCAGGACGUCGAGCCCACCAUUCCCUGGGAGGACCUUUGGUCGACCGAAAAGAACGGCUACCUAUUGCUCAGGAAGGGUCCCAGAAGCCGACAGAUCGAAAUCACGACCAGCGACGAAGAACAUGGCGAAAAGAUCAAGCAGGAUCUCGAUCUCUCCAAGGUCAAGCGAGAUUUCGACAUGGGGCUCGACGAAGAAGAGGAUGUAAGGCAGCUCUUGACUGCCAGUGAAGAAGACGACCUCAUGGAAGAAGUCGAUCAAGAGUCAAACCGGGACUUUACCGACUCCUCGCAGAACUCGGAGUCUGGCUCUGAGCCAGGACAGCAAGCAGAAUCGGAGAAUAGCAUCGAAGUCUAG